CCGGGGGUGCCGGUGCCGGCGGUGCCGGUGGUGCCGGUGCCCCCUCCUCGGGCUGGUCCGCCAUGGCGCCGAUACUUCCACUGGCUAACGGCGCUGGAGGAGCUCGGCUGGAAUAAAGGCUGUGGGAGCCGAACCAAGGGAAGCCAGGCAGGAGAAGAAGAAGAAGAAGAAGGAGGAGGAGGAGGAGGAGGAGGAGGAUGUCGGCACUCAGCGCCCCGCCCUUCCUGAAGCCGGUUCAGCUGCGCUCGCCCCGGGCCCAGCGCCGGCACACGCUGCCCGCCAGCGAGUUCCGCUGCCUCGGGCCCGGGGACGCCGCCAGCGUGUUCGAGAUCGAGCGUGAGGCCUUUAUAUCGGUUUCUGGGGACUGUCCCCUGCACCUGGACGAGAUCCGCCACUUCCUGAACCUGUGCCCGGAGCUGUCCCUCGGCUGGUUUGAGGAAGGGCGGCUGGUGGCAUUCAUCAUCGGCUCCCUCUGGGACCAGGAGAGGCUCAGCCAGGCAGCACUGACCCUGCACAAGCCGCAGGGCUCGGCCGUGCACAUCCACGUGCUGGCCGUGCACCGCACCGUGCGCCAGCAGGGCAAGGGCUCCAUCCUGAUGUGGCGCUACCUGCAGCACCUGCGCUGCCUGCCCUGUGCCCGCCGUGCCCUGCUCAUGUGCCAGCCUUUCCUCGUGCCCUUCUACCAGAAGUGCGGCUUCCAGGCGCUGGGGCCCUGCGGGGUGACCGUGGGCGACAUGGCCUUUGUGGAGAUGCAGCACGCGGUGCGGGGACACGCCUUCAUGCGCAGGAACAGCGGCUGCUGAGUGCUGAGCCCCUGCCCGGGGGGAUGAGGGGCUGCAGCCCCUCUCCAUCCCACCGCUGCCAGCCCCUGGCUCCAGCUGCUCCCUCUGCCACAGCUGCUGCCCGGUCCCAUCCCAUCCCUGCAGGGCUGGGCACAGGAAUUCCUGCCAGAUCCUGCUGGGAGCAUCAGCUCCCCCGGCUCUGCUUUAGCCUGGGCUGUGCUAAAGCAGAGCUCAAAUCCCUGGGCUGUGCUAAAGCAGAGCUCAAAUCCCUGGGCUCAGCUUUAGCCUGGGCUGUGCUAAAGCAGAGCUCAAAUCCCUGGGCUCAGCUUUAGCCUGGGCUGUGCUAAAGCAGAGCUCAAAUCCCUGGGCUGUGCUAAAGCAGAGCUCAACUCCCUGAGCUCAGCUUUAGCCUGGGUUGUGCUAAACCAGAGCUCAACUCCCUGGGCUCAGCUUUAGCCUGGGCUGUGCUAAAGCAGAGCUCAACUCCCUGGGCUCAGCUUUAGCCUGGGCUGUGCUAAAGCAGAGCUCAAAUCCCUGGGCUGUGCUAAACAGAGCUCAACUCCCUGGGCUCAGCUUUAGCCUGGGCUGUGCUAAAGCAGAGCUCAGAUCCCUGGGCUCAGCUUUAGCCUGGGCUGUGCUAAAGCAGAGCUCAACUCCCUGGGCUCAGCUUUAGCCUGGGCUGUGCUAAAGCAGAGCUCCAAUCCCUGGGCUCAGCUUUAGCCUGGGCUGCGCUGGCAGGUCUGGGUGGGCUGCAGGGCCACCAGCCCCCUGGGAUGGAAUGGCUUUGCCCUGGGACAGCUGGGGGCUCUGCUGGUUUGGGGACACUUCACCCACCAUGAGACAUCCAGCAGAGCCCCUGCAGACAUGUGCCACAGCCUGGCACCCCUCCACCAUCAGCAGCAGCACGAGAGGAGCACAGCACGGCCCAGCCCUCCCUGAGCAGCCCCCAGACCCGGCAGGGGCCGUGGCAGACACCCCCUGCCCACAGACAUCCUUCCAGCCCCUUGGAGCACACUCCCAGCCCACAGCCACCCUCAGCUGCACACUGAGGAGCCUCCCCAGGGAACCAGUCCAAACCACGGUCAUCCCUGUCCCAGACCCACAACCAGACCAGGAAAAGCCUUCUGCAAACAACUCAGGUUGUUGGAAAGCAGCAAAUAAAGAUGUGGUGGUGAUUUUCUACACA